UCGCCUCCGCCCGCCUUUCCCGUGGCCGGUUUGCCUUAAACUCCCUAAAACCUCCGCAGCCCCGGUUCCUGCCGCGGCCGGUCUCUAAUUAAUUGAAGAUGGCAAAGCCCAGCCACAGCAGCUACGUUCUUCAGCAGCUAAACAACCAAAGGGAGUGGGGUUUCCUCUGUGACUGCUGUAUUGCAAUCGAUGACAUUUACUUUCAAGCACACAAAGCAGUUCUGGCUGCCUGUAGCUCCUAUUUCAGAAUGUUUUUCAUGAACCAUCAGCACAGUACUGCACAACUGAAUCUCAGCAACAUGAAAAUUAGUGCCGAGUGUUUUGAUCUCAUUUUGCAAUUUAUGUAUUUAGGAAAAAUUAUGACUGCGCCCUCCAGUUUUGAGCAGUUUAAAGUGGCAAUGAACUACCUGCAGCUGUACAAUGUUCCUGACUGCUUAGAAGACAUACAGGAUGCAGACUGUUCUAGUUCAAAAUGUUCGUCUUCUGCUUCUAGCAAACAGAACAGCAAAAUGAUAUUUGGGGUAAGAAUGUAUGAAGACACAGUGGCUAGAAAUGGCAGUGAAGCCAAUAGGUGGUGUGCAGAGCCAAGUUCAACAGUAAAUACACCACACAAUAGAGAGCCUGAUGAAGAGUCUUUACAAUUAGGCAAUUUCCCCGAACCACUAUUUGAUGUAUGUAAAAAAAGUUCUGUGUCCAAAUUAUCUACUCCAAAAGAACGUGUGUCACGGCGCUUUGGACGGAGUUUUACCUGUGACAGUUGUGGAUUUGGCUUUAGCUGUGAAAAAUUAUUGGAUGAGCAUGUGCUAACCUGUACUAACAGACAUUCAUACCAAAACACAAGAUCCUACCAUAGAAUAGUCGAUAUUAGAGAUGGAAAAGAUGGAAGUAUCAAGGCUGAAUUUGGUGAAAAGGAAUCUUCCAAAGCAUUUUCUACACAGACAGACAAAUACAGAGGAGACACGAGCCAGGCUGCUGAUGACUCGACUUCAACCACUGGAAGCAGAAAAAGCACCAUGGAGUCUGAAGUAGCCAGUGAAGAGAAAAGCAGAGCUGCUGACAGGAAAAGAAUCAUCAUCAAGAUGGAGCCAGAAGAUAUUCCUACAGACGAACUAAAAGACUUUAACAUUAUUAAAGUUACUGAUAAAGACUGUAAUGAAUCCACGGACAACGAUGAAUUAGAAGAUGAACCUGAAGAGCCAUUUUAUAGAUACUAUGUUGAAGAAGAUAUUGGUAUUAAGAAAAGUGGUAGGAAAAUGCUAAAACCUCGGAUGUCAAUAAGUGCUGAUGAAAGAGGUGGCUUAGAAAAUAUGAGGCCCCCUAACAACAGCAGUCCAGUACAAGAGGAUACCGAAAAUGCAUCUUGUGAGCUGUGUGGGCUCACAAUAACUGAGGAGGACCUGUCAUCUCAUUACUUAGCCAAACACAUUGAAAAUAUCUGUGCAUGUGGGAAAUGUGGACAGAUCCUUGUUAAGGGUAGGCAGCUUCAGGAACAUGCGCAAAGAUGUGGAGAACCCCAAGAUCUGACCAUGAACGGGUUAGGAAAUACGGAGGAGAAGAUGGACAUGGAAGAGAAUCCUGAUGAGCAGUCAGAAAUAAGAGAUAUGUUUGUUGAAAUGUUGGAUGACUUUAGGGACAAUCAUUUCCAGAUAAACAGUAUCCAAAAAAAGCAGUUAUUUAAACAUUCUGCCUGUCCUUUUCGAUGUCCUAAUUGUGGCCAGCGGUUUGAAACCGAAAAUCUAGUGGUUGAACAUAUGUCUAGCUGUCUGGACCAGGAUGUGUUUAAGAGUGCCAUCAUGGAAGAAAAUGAGAGAGAUCACAGACGAAAGCAUUUUUGUAAUCUGUGUGGUAAAGGAUUUUAUCAGCGGUGUCACUUAAGAGAACACUAUACUGUUCAUACUAAGGAAAAACAGUUUGUUUGUCAGACAUGUGGAAAGCAGUUUUUAAGAGAACGUCAGUUGCGACUGCACAAUGAUAUGCACAAAGGCAUGGCCAGGUAUGUCUGUUCCAUUUGUGAUCAAGGAAACUUCAGAAAACAUGACCAUGUACGGCAUAUGAUUUCUCAUUUAUCUGCUGGUGAGACUAUAUGCCAGGUCUGCUUUCAGAUAUUCCCAAAUAAUGAACAGUUGGAACAGCACAUGGAUGUUCAUCUGUAUACAUGUGGAAUAUGUGGAGCAAAAUUUAAUUUGAGGAAAGAUAUGAGAUCACAUUAUAAUGCCAAGCAUUUGAAAAGAACAUAAGUGAUUUUCUACUGUGCUAAUGUUUAGUUGAUAGCAGACAAAACACCAAAGCAAAGGAUAUGCGCUAUUUAGAAAUUGAUUUUAUAAGAUGAAUUGUUGGGAAAAAAUUCCAAGGCCCUUUUACCUUUAAUAUUUUUGUUUAGGAUCUUAAGUAUCUACAUUUUAGGUGUUAUUAAAUGUUUAUCAUUUUUGUUAUUUCUUAAUAGAAUUC